UACAAGCGUUGUUUACUGUCCAUUGCAUAACGCGAGAAGUGAGUCAUACAAGGAGAGAAUGUUUCUCCUUGUUUUUUGGAUCAAGUCCAAUCACAGUUAGCGGGGGUGAGGGGGGAGUACAGCCUCAUCGCUGCCGUUAUGAAUUGCUCCACAUUUUGUACACCAUUUAUUAACCUCUGGUGGCAGUUUUUCCAUGUCUUUUUGGUGAAGUAUCAGCCGGUAAGCACCCAAAGUCAGGCAGACGGAUCAAGGAACCUUGGCGAUGCGGCCUCGUCCUUGGGAGUUGAGGAGGAACACGGGACCGAUUGGAGGAGACUUCCUCACCGAGGUGUUGCUCAAGAAGGACUGAGUUCCCUUUCCUCUUCAAGUUCAAUGUCGCCUCGUGACGGCCGUCGUGAUGAUGGUGAUUGGACGAGCGUGCGUUGCGGAAAAGCUCGGAAGGAAUUCCUCGUGCCGAUGUUCUGCCGUGAAGCUGGGGAUACAGAAACUUACUGAGUUCUCUUGGAGGACCCGGAAAAGUUUUACCUUCUCAGCCCUUCUUUCGCCUAUGAAGCUGCGGUUAGAUUCCGCCCAACCACUUCAUUUCAAAAUUUCUACAAAUUUCUUAAAUGCUUAGUGUUAUAUAAAUAAAUAAAUGUCCAUAAAAUAAUACUGAAAUAAAAAAAUAUGUUUCACCAAAA